UCAACAAAUUAAAUGGCGAGCUCAAUUCUUGUCGCGAUACCACCAUGGAACCCGUCCCGUUUACAGAAGAGCUUUCGGAGAGAAAAGUGUGCGUUGUCGGCUCGGAGUUGGUGGAAAACUACACGGUGUACAUCAUCGAGGUCCAGGACAGUGAGCACAAGUGGACGGUGAAGCACCGCUACAGCGACUUUCACGACCUCCACGAGAAGUUAGCGGCGGCGAACCAAGUGGAUCGGCGUCUGCUCCCGCCAAAGAAGAUGCUGGGCAAGAACUCCAAGAGCCUGGUGGAACGUCGGCAGAAGGAGCUGGAGCUUUACCUGCAGACGCUCCUGCGGCAGUUCCCGGGGGCCACGCCGACCCCUCUGGCCGCUUUCCUCCACUUCAACCUCUACGAAAUCAACGGCAUCACCGCUGCGCUUGCCGAGGAGUUGUUUCAUAAAGGCGAGCAGUUGCUGGCCGCUGGCGAGGUGUUCUCCUUGCGGCCUCUGCAGCUCCACGCCGUGUCCCAGCAGCUGCGUCUGGCCAAACCCACGUGCUGCAACGGCGACGCCAAAACCGACCUGGGACACAUCCUGGACUUCACCUGCAGGCUGCGCUACCUCAAGAUAUGCGGCACCAGAGGUCCGGUGGGAAGCAGCAACAUCGUGGAGAGCAGUCUACCUUUCGAGCUGUCUUUUUUCAAGUCGCUGGUUCAGAUUGAGAUCAGCGAGUGCGCCGCUCCGCAAAUCCAAGGUUUAUCGUCGCUGAGGUCCACUUUGGUCACUCUUAAUAUCCACGACUCCACGGACAGCAUGAUGCUGGUGCUCGUCCCGGAAGCCAGCGAGUUCCCUCAGUGGGAAGCCGAGGGCUCAGAGUCGGGCUGCCCCGUGACGGCGGUGGUGCCGCGAUGGCAAAGCCUGACCACGCUGGACAUGAGCCACAAUGGUAUCAGCGCCAUCGACGCCUCGGCGAAACUGCUCCGCAAGGUGGAGUUCCUCGACCUGAGCCACAACCAGCUUUCUACGGUGGACAACCUUCAGCAUCUGUACAAUCUGGUCCACGUGGAUUUGUCCUACAACAAUUUGUGCGAGCUGGAGGCGGCUCACACGCGCCUGGGCAACAUCAAGACGCUCAGCCUGGCCGGCAACCGGCUGGAGAGCCUGGCGGGCCUGGGCAAGCUCUACUCGCUGGUCCACCUGGACCUCAGCCACAACCAGCUCAAUCGGUUGGAGGAGAUCAAGAACAUCGGCUCGCUGCCGUGUCUGGAGAAACUCAACCUGUCGGCCAACCCCGUUUGCAUCAUCCCCGACUACAGAACCAAAGUCCUGGCCCAGUUUGGAGAGCGAGCGGCAGAGGUGUGUCUUGAUGGUCAGGCGACCACAGAGAAAGAGUUGGACACGGUGGAAGUGUUGAAAGCCAUUCAGAAAGCCAAAGAAGUCAAGGACCGCAUGAGCGGCAGCGACAAGAAGAUCAGUGAGGAGACCAGGCUGUUUGCUGCUGCGCCUCCUCGCCUCUCUCCUCUUCCUUCCUCCUCCUCUUCCUCUACCCGCUCCUCUUCCAUCGUCACCCCUCAUUCUCUCUCCUCCGCCACGCCCUCCGCUUCCUGUCGGGCCCGGCAGGCUUCCUGCGCCAGCCAAGAAAUGAGCACCCGAGAAGAAGCCGCCGUUCCGCCCAUCAUCGUCCCUCCUGACGCCGUCCAGAUUAGCCACUCCCCUUGUUACCAUGACAACCAACCUGCUGAAGACGCUUCCUGUUGCCAGUGUUCCUCCAGUCUUCUCCAAGCCGACUGCCCUACCUGCACUGCCACCUGGUGUCCGCUGCUCCCUUCCUACCUCAUUUCCUUCACUUCCACCAAUCAGCUCUUCACAGGAUUGCUCUCCAAACGCUUGAAGGAGACACAUGAGAAGAAACUAGAAGCUGACAAAAAGCUGGAGACGAAAGACGAGGACCAAUGCCCAUCCAUUGAGGUUUUAUCCCACGGGGAGUGCACGGAAGUGGGCUGUCCUGUCUCCAGGGAUGGCUACUUUGAGAUGGGACUGGACCGUUCCCUCCCGGACCCGUCGCUCGCUCGUCUUCCCUCCGAGUCCGGUGACAACGAAGGGCGGGACGAGAACGUCUGCCACGUGCUCUGGUGCUAUUGCGUUAAGGUGAAAGAGCAGAAGGUGGAGCAUAACAUCAUUUGCGUCGUGCUGACGGACAAUCUUUUGGGAUUGUGGCGUUUAUCAGAUGUUGUCAAAGGGGACAAUGAUGACGCAGAUGAAGCGCAGAUUCCCACCCCUGAGGCCCUUCUGUCCAACCUCGAAGCGUACCUUCUCCUGCCAUUUUCCGAGCUCCUGCUCUCCUCACACGCCGAGCUUCCUGCUUCCUGCUUAUCCUUCGGACUGCGGAACGACGCUUCUCGCUAUUACCUCUACUCCGAACCCCAAGAGCUCCAGUACACCAGAUCUGAGCUGAACAGACUUUUGCGGCUCCCCGAGGCGGUGGAGACUCCUCAGCUCCUACCUCGCUCUCUUCUCAACUCCUGGGAGCUGGAGGAGAGUCAGGGUGCCCGAGGCGGCUACCUGACGCUCCUCCUGCGUUCCUCUUCCGCCUCGCGCCCACCACUUUCAGACAUUUCACCCGACAUGGAAGAACUGCCGUCUCUCCUCUUUCUAACCCAUCGACACCUAUGGGUGCUGAUGAUGGAUGUCAGAGAGCUCCAUCGGGCGCCGUGCAAACUAGUCCGUGUACCCCUCGGCUCGGUGGCGCUUCACCCUGACAUGAGAUUUCCUCAAGCUGGGAAGACAAUCGGCAGAAAGUCCUGCAAGCACCCUCAACACCACCGCAGGUGGAUCCACACGACGGAGCUGCUGCUGGCCGGUGGGGGACUGCUGCUGCUCUUCCCGCUGUCCCAGGACAAGACCUCCUUCUUGGAGGAACUAAAUCGGCGGAGAGUGGCUCUGGAAGGGCUGAAGAUUGUGCCUCUGCCCCUCCCGUGCAGAUGCCGCUCGCACCAAGAAGGCGGCGACCCUUCUCGGGGCUCAUCUCGUCUGCGGCCGGAAGAGAACCAGCCGUCCCCCCAUCUGGCCCCAGGUCUCUCCCCGGGGCUGAAGCUCCUCUCUGGGCUUGAUGGAGAGCAGCUAGUGGCAUACUUUCACAGAUUUAUAGCACUGUCUGGGGAGGUGGAAGAGGUGCGGCAAUUUUUGUGGCUGUCCGCGGUCCUCUACACCGUACCGGAGUCCGAACUGGCUUGCUGCCUUUUACUAUCUACCGAGGCGGUUUAUUUCCUGUUGGAAGACUCUGCUGCCGCACGCCACUGCCAUCACCCAGAAAUGGACACCAGCACUUCGCCCGACCCGAGCGUGCGCCUUUGCUACUGCCUGACCAUCAGACUGUCCGAUCUGCUGUCCGUAAACGUGGGAUUGUUCGACCAGUACUUCAGGCUCGUCGGCCGCUCGGCAGAACACAUCGUUUGCUGUUUAAGUCGAGACAGUUACGGCACGGGGGUCUUCCUGCAAGAGCUCAUGUCCGUGCUGAGUCUGCAGCAGAAGCUUCCUGCUCCGGAGCCUUCGGAACAGGAUUUCUACUCGCAGUUCACUAGCAGCUGCACAGGCAAGAUGCAGAACUACGAGCUGGUCCACAGCAGCAGGGUAAAGUUCAUCUAUCCCAGCGAGGAGGAGGUGGGCGACCUGACCUUCAUCGUGGCCGAGAGGAAGACCCCUGCCGGCGCGCCACCUACGUCCACGCGCUCCUUCAACGUGCUGCUCUACCUGCUGGUCUUUCAGGUGGAGAUGGACGACGGGCGGGCCCCCGACAGAUCUCCGAUACUACGUCCCCGGACCCUGAUACUGACCGGCACGGACGUCUUCCUGUUGGACGAAGACUACGUCAGCUAUCCUCUCCCGGACUUUGCCAAGGAGCCGCCGUCCAGGGAGCGUUACCAGCUACGCGAAGCCCGGCGGAUCCGCGACCUCGACCGGGUUCUGCUAGGCUACCAGACGUACCCUCAAGCUCUGACGCUGGUGUUCGACGACCUGCCGGGCCCGGACCUGCUGUGCCACCUCACCGUGGACCACUUCGGCGCCGAGGGGGAGGAACCGGCGCCGACGUCUCCGUGCGGAGGCGCCGAAGGCGAGGUGCAGUGGUGCGUCUUCGUGCCGGGAGCCGACAGCCGCGAGAGACUCAUCUCCCUCCUGGCGCGCCAGUGGGAGGCGCUGUGCAGCCGAGAACUUCCCGUGGAGCUCACCGGAUGAUCGGCAUCCGAGAAAUCAAACGCUGAAAGGGAACUUCGCCACCUUUAGGCAGGCAGAGGCUGACAAAUGAGCCGAACGCUGUCGGAGAGGAGACUGUUGCCGGGCAGAUUUAGGUUAAACCAAACUAAAAAACGGAAUAUUUAUUUGUCUUCUGGAUCAAAGCAGGGACAACUCGCGGUGUUUUUAGGAUGAGGAGCCAUUUUGGACUGAUAAUGUCAAGGGCGGCCAUUUUGUCUCACCAUCGUAAGCCCGGCCCUAAACGGACAAACGAGGGCGGCCAUUUGGGCUCUCGGCAAACAAGCGACAAAAUGAAGAUGAGCAAUUUGGCUUGUAAUAUUUUUCACCUCGCAGUGUUUGUCUUAACUCAUUGCAUGCUAUUGACGUCAGUAGACAUCCAAUCCAAUUUAACUGGGAGCGGCGAUUUAUAUUUAUAAUCAUGUAUGCAUUCCAAAAUUUAGGACAGUAAGGGGUACCAAAGUUGUUUUUGAACAAGAAGUGGCCCGGAAAUGCCUCAAAAUCAACAGGAAGUGACCAUGGAAUGCCCGAAAAUCAAUAGGAAGUAACCCAAAAUGAACAGUAAGUGACUGAAAUGCCCCCAAAUCAACAGGAAGUGACCCAGCAAUGCCCCCUAAAUCCACAAUAAGUGACCCGGAAAAGCUAAAUCAACAGGAAGUGACCCAGUAUGAACAGGAAAUGACCCCAAAAAAGCACCUAAAUCAAUAGGAAGUGACAAGUAUGAACAGGAAGUGACCUGGAAAUGCCUCAAAAUCAACAGGAAGUGACCCUGGAAUGCCUCAAAAUCAAUAGAAAGUCACCCAAUGUGUACAGGAAGUGACCUGGAAAUGCCCCCAAAUCAACAAGAAGUGACCUGAUAUCUGCAGGAAGUGACCCUGGAAUGCUCCAAAAUCAACAGGAAGUGACCCCCCCCCCGCAAACCCACAAUAAGUGACCCGGAAAAGCCCCUAAUUCAACGGGAAGUGACCCCAAAAAGCCCCCAAAUCAACAAGAAGUGACCCCAAAAAUGCCCCCAAAUUAACAGGAAGUAACCCGGACAUGCUCCAAAUCAACAGGAAGUGUCUAAGAUAAACAGGAAGCGACCCCAAAAUGCCUCAAAAUCAACAGGAAGUGACCCUAAAAUUCUGCAAAAUCAACAGGAAGUGAUCCUGGAUUGCCUCAAAAUCAACAGAAAUGAAGUGAUGCGGAAAUGCCGUCAAAUAAGCAGGAAGUGACCCAGUAAGAACAAGAAGUGACCCUGGAACGCCUCCAAAUCAACAAGAAGUGACCCCAAAAAUGCCCCCAAAUCAACAGGAAGUAACCCGGAAAUGCCCACAAAUCAAUAAGAAGGGACCCAGAAAUGCCCCAAAUCAACAGGAAGUGUCUAAAAUAAACAGGAAGCGACCCCAAAAUGCCUCAAAAUCAACAGGAAGUGACCCUAAAAUUCUGCAAAAUCAACAGGAAGUGAUCCUGGAUUGCCUCAAAAUCAACAGAAAUGAAGUGAUGCGGAAAUGCCGUCAAAUAAGCAGGAAGUGACCCAGUAAGAACAAGAAGUGACCCUGGAACGCCUCCAAAUCAACAAGAAGUGACCCCAAAAAUGCCCCCAAAUCAACAGGAAGUAACCCGGAAAUGCCCACAAAUCAAUAAGAAGGGACCCAGAAAUGCCCCAAAUCAACAGGAAGUGUCUAAAAUAAACAGGAAGCGACCCCAAAAUGCCUCAAAAUCAACAGGAAGUGACCCUAAAAUUCUGCAAAAUCAACAGGAAGUGAUCCUGGAUUGCCUCAAAAUCAACAGAAAUGAAGUGAUGCGGAAAUGCCGUCAAAUAAGCAGGAAGUGACCCAGUAAGAACAAGAAGUGACCCUGGAACGCCUCCAAAUCAACAAGAAGUGACCCCAAAAAUGCCCCCAAAUCAACAGGAAGUAACCCGGAAAUGCCCACAAAUCAAUAAGAAGGGACCCAGAAAUGCCCCAAAUCAACAGGAAGUGUCUAAAAUAAACAGGAAGCGACCCCAAAAUGCCUCAAAAUCAACAGGAAGUGACCCUAAAAUUCUGCAAAAUCAACAGGAAGUGACCCUGGAUUGCCUCAAAAUCAACAGAAAGUAACCCAGAAAUGCCCCCAAAGCAACAGAAUGUGACAGAGUAUAAACAGGAAGUUACCCGGGAAGGCCUCUCAAUCAACUGUAAGUAACCAAAUAUGUACAGGACGUGACCCUCUUAUCUCCAAAAUCAACAGGAAGUGACCCAAUAUUCCCCCCUAAAUCCACAAUAAGCAACCUGGAAAAGCCCCUAAAUCAGCAGGAAGUGGCCCAGUUUGAACAGGAAGUGAUCCCAAAAAGCCCCCAAAUCAACAGCAAGUGACUCAAGUGACCCAAAAUGCCUAAAAAUCAACAGGAAGUGACCCAAUUAAUAGGAUUUGACCCAGAAAUGCCCCCAAAUCAAUAGGAAGUGACCCAAUAUGUACAGGAAGUGACACAGAAAUACCCCCAAAUCAACAGGAAGUGACCCAAAAAUGCCUCAAAAUCAACAGUAAGUAACUCAAUAUGCACAGGAAGUGCUCCUGAAAUGCCCCAAAAUCAAUAGGAAGUGACCCAACAUGAACAGAAGUGAACCUGAAAUCAACAGGAAGUGACCUGAUAUACCCACCAUCACAGCAAAGCUACCACUGCAUUGACUUUUCUAUUUUUACAUAUUUUGACUCACUAAAGCGGCCAUUUUGUCUGCGAUUGAAAUUUAAAAAAUAAACUUGCAUUGCUAGCAUUGUAAAUAUCAUAGCCUAGCUUAAUCUUAACAUUGGGCAACCACGCACAAUUACAACCUCUGACACACAUUUCAAACUUUUGUUUUGAAGUUCAUCCUCCACUUCUUGUUUGCUGCCUCACACUUCCUGCUUUGUCUUUCAGUGAGAGGGAGAGAAAAUUGUUAAAGGGAAAUGUUGCACAAGCCAUCAACGCACACGGCACGAGAACAAAAUGGCGUUUUCGGUGAGUGAAGUCGAGUCUUGAAUAGUUGUACAAACAGACUUGAUCAGCAGAGGGCGCCGUUGGCAACACUUCCUUGCAUAAUCAGGAACGCUUGACACAAAGGCUAAAAAGUUGACAUUUGAAUCAAGUUAGAAUCAAAAUAGAAGGAUUUUUCCUGUGGAAUAUUUCGAGUUACAACCACUAGAUGCACAAAAUGGAAGAAGGCACAACAAGUGUUUGUUUUUUUGCACUUUUUAAGAGUUAGAAACAAAAAUGUGCAAAGAUAAGGCACACCUUUUACUCAACGGAAGUGAAAUAUAUUAUUCAGUCGUUUUUUUGAAUGUGUUUUAUCCUUGGAGACUAUCUUAAAAAUGUAUUUGUCGUGUUAUGUAUAAUUUUUAUGUUUCUACAUUGAAGCAGUUGUCAUAAUACGAAUGAAUUCAAGUAAAAAAUUUCCUGGU